AGCGGAUAAAACAGCCAUGGUAGCCGAGCUUUGGUCGGUGAUACGGGAAGAAAUACUGGAGGUGCGCAGAGACCUCAUCACACUUGAACAGCGUGUCUCUGAACUUGAGACCGAAAAUCUGCAGGCCAUUCAGCACUCUCAAGUUACAGACCAUGCCACAGCCAGACAAGGCUCGGUCAUUCUGGACCUCAGCCG